AUGGCGGAAAUGAAAGUCAGUGAAAUAUCAUUAGUCGCCGUCGUCUACUGCAGUCUCCAAAAUAUAUCUCAGCUUGCAGCAGCAGGAGUUCGCGCCUGCUGCCCGAUUUCAACCGCGAAUAAUAUAAACGCUGCAAUAAAAAGAAAAAUCGAACCUGUCACCGUCAAAUGUCGAUACCAUAAACCGUCAGCACCACAAGGUCCUUUGCAGAUCACGGGUGUGACGGAUACGUCAUCAACAAUCGCUUGGUUACCACCUUUGGAUAAUGGUGGAAUAGCGAUCGAAGACUAUUGCGUAGAAAUCAAGGAGGUAGACAAAAAAGCUUGGAGAAAGAUUGGUUCCACGAAAGACUUACACAUAAAGCUAUUAGACUUGAAAAAGGGGUCGUCCUACGACAUCAGGAUUACGGCUAGGAAUCAUGUGGGCUACGGAAAACCAUAUCAACCAGACGAACCGAUUGUGGCGGGCAAACGCAUAAACUUUAGAAAUGGAAUAUCCGAUGAAACACUAUACGUACUUAUGGGAAUAUUCCCGACCAGACCAAAAGUUUCCGCUUCACCGUCGCCGCCCACCGAAUUCACUGUUAGUGACAUUACCAGCAAAAGCGUUACCUUGCAUUGGGGCCCACCAGAAAGUAAUGGUGGAUCUGAUAUCACAGGUUAUGUAAUUGAAAAGCAGCUGAACACGACAAACAAGUGGUUCAAAGUAGCCACGCUAGAACCGACCGUAAUGAAAUAUUGCGUAGAAAACUUGAAAGAAAAAUCGGAAUAUUUCUUCAAGAUCUAUGCGGAAAAUUGUAUCGGCCUUAGUCAACCGGUCGAAACUAAAUUAGUCAGUCUGUUAACCCAUGCCACCGUACCCUCGCCGCCAACCGCUCCGCUGGAAGUUCGGAACCUGAGUACCAACGCAGUGAUCGUGGAAUGGGGCGUACCUGAAACGGACGGCGGUGCUCCGCUAUUGGGUUACAACAUAGCAAUUCGGGAUGAGAAGAAAACUAUGUGGAUGGAAGUCGGCCGGGUAGAAGCAGACGUGCAAAAGUUCAACAUCAAAGACUUGCAGGAGAACCAUAGGUACCAAAUUAGGAUACUGGCCAAAAACGAAGUGGGUGUCAGCGAACCACUGGAAACUGAAGAACCGUACACCGUACAAAAACCGACAGAGUAUUACGAGUCGGACGUUGAAGAAUCGGUAAUGGAGUCCAAACCGUCUCUGACGCAAACAUCAGAAACCACUACGUCAUGGCUCAGAGACAACAACAUGGACGCAGACAUAUCAUCUUAUUCGAACGCUGCGUUAUUGAAGAGGAGCGAAUACUUUUUCCGCAUUUGGUAUUACGCGAGAACGUUAUUCAAAUAAUGGGCACGCUUCAUUAUUAUUUGUAUUAUUAUUUUUAUUAUUAUUAUUAUUAUUAUUAUUGAUAUUGUUAUUACCUAUUUUUAUUAUUACCUAUUACCCUUUAUUAUUACCUAUUUUUAUUGUCAAACUAACGUCAACAUAAGAAAGAGGUGGAAAUGUUUUGUAUUGGCGUUCCCUGAGUCAAAACGAAACAUUUUCAUUAAUUUCUAUAUGUUAUUGUUUUGUUUUGUUUUUUUUUUUAAAAUGAUU